AACAGGUAUUUAUAUCUGCUACCAGUAUUUUGUAUCUUGCGAUUCUGUAUUUUUUUCUUCACUUACCUGCUGAGUUUGUCAUAUUAUAUUGCGUUCUUUCAUACUAUAUUGCCUUGCUUUGUCUGUUGUUGAUCGUUGUAUUAGACAUUUUAUUAUGUUUUAGUUUAGAUAUUGUGUCUUUGUGUGUAUACUGGAUUAUGUAUUUUAUUAGUCCAUGCUUCAUUACAUAUAUACUGGAUAUUGUGUCUUACUUUAUCUUCUGCGACUCUUUGUUCGUUACAUUACUUUUGUUUAGUCAUUGGAUUAGGCAAUUUGUUAGUCCAUAUCUCAUUACAUAUUAACGUGUGUACUCUGGCCUGCAAUUCUGCAUUUUUUUUGGUUAAAUGUUCUGGCAUCCUGUAAUUUUUUUUGUUCAGUUAACUGUUGAGUUUGCCAUAUUAGGUCCUGGCCUGCAUUGUCGCUCGAGCAGCCUGUGGCAGUGCCUUCGUCAGUCGGAACAGGUAUUUAUAUCUGCUACCAGCCUUUCGUAUCUUGCGAUUCUGCAUUUUUUUUUUCUUCACUUACCUGUUGAGUUUGUGAGAUUAUGUUGUGUUCUUCCAUACUAUAUUGCCUUGGUUCGUCUUUUGUUGAUCGUUGUAUUAGCGAUUUUAUUAUGGUUUAGUUUAGAUAUUGUACCUUUGUGUCUAUACUGGAUUAUGUAUUUUAUUAGUCCAUGCUUGAUUAUAUACAAAUCCAUAUCGAUAUGUCUGGUCUGCCUUUCCUUAUUGAUUGGAUUAUCGACUCUGUUAUGUCUUAGUUUGUCUUCUGCGGCUCUCUUUGUUCACUAGAUCACCUUUGUUUAGACAUUGGAUUAGAUAAUUUAUUAAUUCAUAUCUCAUUACAUAUUAUCGUGCAUACUGUGGCCUAGGUUAAUCGGUGCUAUCGUUCUUUCAUGUCCUGCGAAUCUGCAUUUUUUUUCUUUAGUUACCUAUUCAGUUUGUGAUAUUAUAUUGCCUUCCUUCAUAUUAUAUUGCCUUUCUUUGUCUUCAGUUGAUCAUUGUAUUAAUAAUUUUAUUAUGUUUCAGUUUAGACAUAUUGCCUUUCUACAUACAUUGGAUUACGUAUUAACCGAUCGUAUUAUUUGUUAUUUUGUCUUAUGGAGUUCUCUUUCCUCAUUAGAUUACCUUUGUUUACACAUUGGAUUACACAAUUUAUUAAUCCAUAUCUCAUUAUAUGUUAGCGUGCCUACUGUGGCUUAGGUUAAUCACUACUAACGAUCUCCCGUGUCCUGCGAUUCUCAAUUUUUUUUGUUCGCUUAACUCUUCUAUCAUUCUGUAAUUGUUUUGGUUUAGUUAACUAUUGAGUUUGCCAUAUUAUAUUACCUUGCUUUAUCUUCUGUUGACCAUUGUAUUAGCGAUUUUAUUAUGUUUCAGUUUACAUAUAAUGUCUUUGUGUAUACAUUGGAUUAUAUCUUUUAUUACUUCAUGACUCAUUACAUAUAUGUGAAUAUGUUUGUUGUACCUUACAUGGAUUUGUAUAUUACAAAUGUCAUUGCUUUCUUAUUCAUUUAUUCUUUCCCUUUUGUUUGACUGUCGUUAUUACAAUUUUGCUGUUUUGAGGCAUGCGUCCUAAGAGAAUUAGGCCUGUUCCUGUUACCUAUUCAGUUUGUGAUAUUAUAUUGCCUUCCUUCAUAUCGUAUUGCCUUGAUUUGUCUUCUGUUGAUCAUUGUAUUACUAAUUUUAUUAUGUUUUGGUUUACAUAUACUGUCUUUGUAUAUACAUUGAAUUAUGUAUUAACCGAUUCUAUUAUCUGUUAUUUUGUCUUGUGCAGUUCUGUUUCCUCAUUAGAUUACCUUUGCUUAGACAUUGCAUUGGACAAAUUAUUAAUCCAUAUCUACCUUUCUUUAGACAUUAGAUUAAACAAUUUAUUAAUCCAUAUCUCAUUAUAUAUUAUCGUGCCUACUGUGGCCUAGGUUAAUCACUGCUACCGUUCUUUCAUGUCCUGCAAAUUUGCAUUUUUUUCUGUUUACUUACCUAUUUAGUUUGUGAUAUUAUAUUGCCUUCCUUCAUAUUAUAUUGCCUUUCUUUGUCUUCAAUUGAUCAUUGUAUUACUAAUUAUGUAUUAACCGAUUCUAUUAUCUGUUAUUUUGUCUUGUGCAGUUCUGUUUCCUCAUUAGAUUACCUUUGCUUAGACAUUGCAUUGGACAAAUUAUUAAUCCAUAUCUACCUUUCUUUAGACAUUAGAUUAAACAAUUUAUUAAUCCAUAUCUCAUUAUAUAUUAUCGUGCCUACUGUGGCCUAGGUUAAUCAUUGCUACCGUUCUUUCAUGUCCUGCGAAUUUGCAUUUUUUUUUUGUUUACUUACCUAUUUAGUUUGUGAUAUUAUAUUGCCUUCCUUCAUAUUAUAUUGCCUUUCUUUGUCUUCAAUUGAUCAUUGUAUUACUAAUUUUAUUAUGUUUCAGUUUAGACAUAGUGCCUUUCUAUAUACAUUGGAUUACGUAUUAACCAAUCGUAUUAUUUGUUAUUUUAUCUUGUGCAGUUCUCUUUCCUCAUUAUAUUACCUUUGUUUAGACAAUGUAUUAGACAAUUUAUUAAUCCAUAUCUCAUUAUAUGUUAGCGUACCUACUUAAUCACUACUAACGAUCUUCCACGUCCUGCGAUUCUCAUUUUUUUUUGUUCGGUUAACUCUUCUGUCAUUUUGUAAUUUUUUUGGUUUAGUUAACUAUUUUGUUUGUUAUAUUAUAUUGCCUUGCUUUGUCUUCUGUUGACCAUUGUAUUAGUGAUUUUAUUUUGUUUCAUUUUACAUAUAAUGUCUUUGUAUAUACAUUGGAUUAUAUUUUUUAUUACUUCAUGACUCAUUACAUAUAUGUGUGUGUGUGUAUAUAUAUAUAAAUAUGUUUGUUCUACCUUACCUUAAUUUCUAUCCUUUGUGAUUCCCUGCAUUAUAUCUUCUCACUGGUUUGCUUUCUUUCUUUGGUAUUAUGUGUUACAAAUUUUACUGCUUUGUUAUUCAUUUAUUCUUUCCCUUUUGUUUGACUGUCGUUGUUAUGAUUUUGUUGUUUUGAGGCAUGCCUCCUAAGAGAAUUAGGGCUGUUCCUGAAGGCCUUGAUUCUUCGUCCCCAUCUUCUGGUUCCCAGCACCAGGCUGCAUCUGGUAGCCUUCUUCGUUCUUUUUUAUUUAAUUUUUCCCUUCCAUUUUUUGCAGACUCUUCUUUUGCACUGCCCCGUCGUACGUGCUGCGUUAGGACCCUUUUUCCCCUUUUUGUACUGGUUCCUUUUCAUUGAUCUUAUUAUUUCUUAUCACUUCUUAUUCUUUGGCUCACUAAACUAUAGGCUCCCAUUUCUAUCCUAUUGUUUCACGUUCUGAGUCUAACGAAAACCGUGCGAAGAGAAUGCGAUUGAACAAGGAAAAGGCUGCCAUAAGGCAAGGUUCGUGCCCUAUGUGCAUGCCUGUUAUGUCCUUGCACAUGGCUCUGCUCAGAGUUGCCCAUUUUAAUUCGAUACAUUGUAGGUUCGAUUCCUCGGGGGCCAUCUAUGGAUCCCGUAUUUUCAUUUCCUGAGGAAUUCGUUGAUAUGUUGAAAGGUAUAGUUUUGUUUGUUCCUAUUGUUUUGUUUGGUUCCUUUUUUUUUUUGACCCUCCUGUUUAGCCUUUUUAUAUUUGCUUGCAUUGUUCCUAUGUUUUGCUAUUAUUGUACUACAGUGACAUAUAAGGAUCGUUCUUACUAUGGUGGACCCGAUUAUGUUUGCGAUAACUGUUCGGCGAUUUUCUGGUAUCAAGAAAGAAUUGAGAGUCAAAGCUCAAUCGCUCAACGUCGAAUAGUUUACAAGAACUGCUGUCGUGCCGGAAGAGUAUCGUUGCCUAUACAUAGACCUUUUCCACCGCCAUUACAAGACUUGAUUCGUUUUAAUGGUGGUCCUCGAUCAAAUGCUUUUAUGCGGCUCAUCCGUCAGUACAAUUCUCUGUUUGCCUUCACUUCUCUUGGAGUUGAUGUUGAUAGAUCUAUCAAUACUGGUAAUGGCCCUUAUGUUUUCCGCAUCAAUGGUGUCGUUCAUCAUCGUAUUGGUUCUUUAAUCCCAGUUGUUGGCAGUCGUCCUGAGUAUGCACAGCUGUACAUCUAUGACACUGUUAACGAAUUGCACAAUAGACUGAACAUAUUCUUUGGAGAAGAGGGUGAUAAACCUGAUCCUCAAAUCGUUUCUGAGCUUACUAAUAUGCUGAAUAGGAUCAAUCCAUUGGUAAAGAAGUUUCGAAUGGCAAGAGAUAGGCUGAUAUCUCCUAAUGCACCUGAUAUUGCUAUUAAACUUAUCGGCUCUAUAAAAAACCAUGGUGAUAGAUACUCCCUUCCAACCACUUCUGAAUUAGCAGGAUUAUUAAUUGGUGGUUCUUCUGCUAAUACUUCUACUUUCGAUAUUGUUGUCGAAGCUCAGUCCUCACAUUUCAAGCACAUUCCUGCAAUCCAUCCAGCGCUCAUGUCUUUACAGUAUCCUCUAUUGUUUCCGUAUGGCGACAAAGGUUUUCAUACUGAUAUCAAGUUGAAGGCAGUCGAUUCAGAAGCUCUUGGAUCUCGUGAGACCGUUUCUAUGAUGGAAUUCUAUUGUUAUUAUAUGCAUUAUCGUAAGCAUGAGCCUAAUCCAGCCAUUUGCUCUGGUCGGCUUUCCCAACAAUUUGGUGUCAAUGCUUAUUCUUGUGUUGAAGCAAACCGCCUUUCUUUUCAUUUCUUUAAUCAGGACCUCCUCCGAAGUGAAACAUAUCAAGGAAUUUUAGAUGCUAUAUGUCAUGGUGCAUCCACAGGAAAGGAUGUUGGAAUUAAGAAGAUGUUGCCUUCUAGCUUCAUUGGUAGUAAAAGUUGCGCAUACUAAUGAAUUCCAAAAGCGUGGCCUUCCACAUUCUCAUAAUCUUGUGUGGCAGUGUAACAAUGAACGAGAGCGAUCCAUUGCUGAUGUUGAUCGUUAUAUCUCUACUGAACUGCCUGAUCAAAACCUCGACCCAUUGGGAUUUUCUUUAGUCCAAGAAUUUAUGAUUCAUGGUCCUUGUGGUGCUUCCAAUCCAAAUUCUCCAUGUAUGACUGAUGGUAAAUGUUCCAAAAGAUAUCCCAAAGAUUUCCAGUCUGAGACUACCUUUGAUCAAGAUGGGUAUCCUAUUUAUCGUCGCAGAAAUAAUGGGGCCAAAGUAUGGAAGCACAAUAUUCAGCUUGAUAAUCGUUGGAUUGUGCCACAUAAUCUUGAUGUUUUGAAGAAGUACCAGGCUCAUAUCAAUGUCGAAGAAUGUAAUCAGUCAUACUUAGUGAAGUAUCUAUUCAAGUACUGUAACAAAGACUUUGAUUGUGCAAAGGUUGCUUUUAAGAAAAGAAGUCCCUAUUCUGAUCAACAUACAGACAAUAGUGAAGGCAUUGAUGAAAUAGCAGAAUAUAUAAGAUCAAGAUACUUAUCCUGUUGUGAAGCCACUUGGAGGUUGUUUGGAUUUGAAAUUCAUGGUAAAUUCCCUCCGGUUGAACGCCUUUGUAUUCACCUUCCUGGAAUGAACUUUGUUAUUGUGCAUGAAAACACGGCCUUGCAAGGAGUCAUUGAUGACCCUAUCUCUCAGAAGAGCAUGUUAACUGAGUGGUUCACUACAAAUCGUCGGUAUCCAACAGCUCGCAGUCUGACCUAUUGUGCCUUUCCCUCCAAAUACACAUGGGAUGCUAAUAAUAACCUGUGGAAAGCAAGGAAAAGAGGCACCAAGAUCGGUAGACUACGCUAUGUCCAUCCUACCACUGAUGAAACUUUUUAUCUUCGUAUGCUUUUGAUGGUUGUUCGUGGUGCCAUGAGUUAUGAAGAUGUCAGGUCAUAUCAAGGCAUUGUUUAUCCAACAUAUCGUGAGGCAUGCCAAGCUCGAGGAUUGAUAGGUGAUGAUACUGAGUGGGCCUGUUUAUUUGAUGAGGCAAUACUUUGGGCUACAUCAUACCAGCUUAGGAACCUGUUUAUGACAGUAUUAGUAUAUUGUGAGGUUGGCAAUGUAAGAUCUCUCUUUGAUAGAUACUGGAAGUAUAUGACAGAUGAUCUAGCAUACAAACUCAAACUAGCUCUUCAGAACCCAUGUUAUGUCAUCUCUGAUGAUGCUUUGCAAUCCAGUUUGAUAAAGGAAUUAUCACAAAUGUUCUCCAACAAUGGCCUAUCCAUAGCAUCUUAUGAUCUUCCUGUCCCUACAAAUAACUCUAACAGUGGCGAUGGUAAUAGAUUGAUUCUGGAAGAAAUGAGCUAUGAUAGGGUCAAGCUUCGUCAUGAAUCUGAAGAAUUCUCAACUGCUUUGAAUUCUGAUCAAAAAAUCAUCUAUGAUACUGUUAUACAUGCUAUUUCACGCAAUGAAUCAUUUCUUUAUUUUGUCUCUGGCCAUGGUGGAACUGGAAAGACAUUCCUUUGGAAUGCUAUUCUUGCAACAUUGAGAUCCAAUGGACAUAUUGUUCUUGCUGUUGCAUCAUGUGGUGUCGCUUCCCUUCUGCUUCCUGGAGGGCGUACUGCUCAUUCACGGUUUAAAAUUCCUUUGGAUAUUCAUGAGGGUAGUUUGUGUGCCAUUGGAAGGGGUUCCAUACUCUCUUCACUUAUACAAAAAGCCUAUCUGAUUAUAUGGGAUGAGGCACCUAUGACUCACAAAUAUUGCUUCGAGGCAGUAGAUCGGACGUUCCGAGAUAUAUUGUCUAUAGAAAAUAUGCAUAAUGCAUGCAAGCCAUUCGGUGGGAAACCAAUAUUGCUCGGUGGUGACUUUAGACAGGUUCUGCCUGUUAUUGAAGGGGGAGAUAAAUCUGAAAUGCUCAAAGCUUCUUUAUUAGGUUCCUACUUAUGGAACAGUGUUAAAGUCUUACGCCUCUCCAUAAACAUGAGACUGGCCAAUCCUUCCCUCUCUUCAGAAGAAAAAACUGAGAUGGAAUCCUUUGCACAAUGGGUGCUGGCCGUUGGUGAAGGCCAACUAAAACCCAUCAUGAGGAAUGGUGAGACAACAAAGAAUUGGAUAAAUAUUCCUGAUGAUCUUCUAUUGAGGCCAUCUGGUAUUAAAAUACCAGCUAUCAUUGAAUGGAUAUAUGCCGAUUUUCAACUGUUCUAUUCCUCAAUUGCAUAUUUAGCUGAAAGAUGCAUUGUUUGUCCACUCAAUUCUAUUGUUGAUGAAGUUAAUGCAUUGAUGACAGAAAAAGUGCCUGGCCUAGCUCGAGAUUAUUUCAGCUUCGACAGUAUUGCCAAUUCAUCUGAGCAGCCCUCUGACUAUGAAAUGCUUUACCCACCUGAGUUCUUGAAUUCAAUUAUAAUUAAUAAUUUCCCACACCAUCACCUUAGCCUCAAGAUUAAUGUGCCUAUUGUUCUCCUCAGAAACAUUAAUCAGUCAAUUGGCCUAUGCAAUGGCACACGUUUACUCAUCGAAAGGCUAGGUGAUCAUAUCUUAGAAGCUCGGAUCAUGACUGGGAAUCAUAUAGAUGACAAAGUAUGCAUACCUCGCAUUGUCUUAAAUGGUACAAGUCCAAAGUGGCCUUUCACAUUGCAGCGCCGUCAAUUCCCAAUCAGAGUAUGCUACGCUAUGACAAUAAACAAAUGUCAAGGACAGACAUUACAAACAGUUGGGGUCUACCUUCGUGAGCCAGUCUUUACCCAUGGUCAACUCUAUGUUGCUAUUUCUAGAGUGAGCUCAAGGAAAGGCCUGAGAAUGCUAAUAGAAGAUGAUGAUGGAGAGCCGACAUCAACAACCAAAAACAUUGUCUAUGAAGAAGUCCUUAAAUAUGUCUAGCUUUAUUUUGAUAGGGCUUUUUUUAUCAUUCCUGAUGUUUUUUCUGUUCAGCAAAAUUCCUACCUUUAUUAUUGUCACAGCUUUUGCAACCCUUCAAUAUAUGCAAAGUUCUUCUGCAAGUUGUCCUGUUUCCUAUAUAUUGCUCUUAUAUUCUAACUUCAUUUGAUCGUUCUUUUUGUGUUUAUCUGUUUCUCUGGUUCUUUGUCUGGUAUAUCUUUCAGCUCUAAAUUUAGUGUUCUUUGAAUACUUCUGUUCAUCUUUUCUUUACCUUGCUCAGUUUAUUGAUUCUAUUCAAAGAACUAGGCAUCCUUUCGACUUUUCCAUUCGUAUUACCUUCUAUUGUUACAAUUAACUUCAUUCCUGUUUACAUAUCAAUCCACUCAUAUUUUUUAAUCCUUCACUUAUCCAUUAACACAUUAUGGUUCUUUGCUUAGGUUUC